AUGGACUAUGGAAGCGAGGAUUCCAUAUUUAAAAUACAAGAAUAUAAAAAUGAGGGUAAAGGGUUGGCCUUCAAACAUAACAUUACAACUGUAGAUGAUGUGAUUGCUGCAGAAUAUCCGGUUAUAGCAUAUAAGCAUAGAUUUUCCAAAUUAACAACGCUGAGCUGUGACUAUUGCUUUAAAUGUGUCGGAUCUUUGAACGAUUAUAUAAAUCAUUUGUGUGAGAUCUAUCCAAAAUUGAAAUGUCAUGCGAUUAGAAGUAUAAUUUUUGAUACCAAAUUGUCAGAUUUCAUCAAUUGCGCUCGUGGAUGUGGUAAUAUCUAUUGCAGCAGCUUCUGUUAUCAAAAAUCAAUAGAUAAUGGACAUGAUGUAAUAUGUAAAAUGGAUGAUAUAUCUAAGCGAUAUUGGGACGAAUUUGAACGGUAUUCAAUGGGUAUAUCCGAAACAUUUAUUUUUGCCGGACUAAUUGUUGUACAAAUAUUGCACAAAUAUGUGAAUCAAAACUGUGAAUUAAAGGAUCAGAUGAACUAUUAUUUGGAAUUCUACAACAGACCUUGGCAUGAAAUUAAACAAAUUGAGAAGUGCAAGUCUGAAGAAUGCAUUGGUAUCGCAUUAACAUUGCUAACCAAAUCAUUAUCAGAAUAUACUAAUACAAAUCGCAUAAAUGUAGAUGAAAUACUGUCAAGUAAAUUUUAUUCUAAGAUCAUGGGUAUGAUAGAAUUGGUGGCCAUUGAUAUAGAAGUUGAAUCUGGCCAUAAUGAGUUAAUUUUUUCUAAUAUUAAGAAUGUUGAUAAAAAUGCAUGGAAGCAACUUCUUACACUGAAAGAAUUAAUGGAUGGGUUAGACCAUUCAACCCUUAUGGAUUAUGAUACACAACAAUACAUACAAAAAUUUGGUGAUGAAAUAAUUCCUGAUACGUUGGGUCUGGGAAUAUUUAAUACAUUCUCUCGGAUGAACCACUCUUGCAUGCCAAAUCUGGAAGUUAAUUAUCACAACAAUUUUUUGGCCCGCGCAAAAUUACUAUCUGCAGUUUCUAGUGGCGAUCAAGCAUAUAUAUCAUAUAUUGAUGAACAACUACCUACGCGAUAUCGUAAAAGGCUAUUAUCAAAAUACCUAUUCAAGUGCAAAUGUAAAAAAUGUAUAAAUUAUGACUGA